CUCUUCUACCGUCUUCGUCCUCUCUCCUUUUCCUUUGCAUCUCGGCAUCUCCCUCACUGUUUGUAUAUACUCGCCGACUUCUUCUUAGCUCUUACCUCUCCGCCCGUCGCAAUCUCCUUCUCCGGCGGAGGAAGCGACGGCGAUCUGCAAACUCCACUCCCCCACUAUCUUUCGAAUCUUCUUCUGCUCUUGUCCAUCUCUCCUCCACUCGGAACCCUAACCCUAGCUUGCUUCCCCUCUUCAAAACCUCACAAUUGCCGCCGAAACCCUUGCUCAUACCCCGCCCUAGUUUGCAGCCGGAUCAUCGCUCUCCCCUGUCGCCACUUUGACCAUCCUAUUCGCGCGGCUUGCUGCACCGGAUCUGAUCGGACGUCUCCGAUCUGAAGAAUGGAAGUCAAGGAUUCGUCGGAUUCUUCAUCAGCCACAACGGCCUUGGCCGGGAGCAAGGAUGGGCUUGCGAACGACGAAGGGAAUCUCUCCGAUGCCGAAGGGCUGGCCAAGGAAGCUGCUUUCCUAUUCCAGAACCGGCGGUUCGAGGAGUGCGUCGAUGUAUUGAACCAUCUCCUUGAAAAAAAGAAGGGUGAUGCAAAGGUUCUUCAUAAUAUUGCUGUUGCAGAAUACUUGCGAGAAGGUUUCACUGAUCCUAGGAAUCUUCUUGAUGCAUUAAACAAGCUUAAAGAGCAAAGUGAAAAGCUUGCUCAUUCUUGUGGGGAACAGAUUGAGUCUGAGAAUAGCAGUGGAAGUGAUAUGGUUCCAGGGUCUAAAUCAAAUAGUGCUUCAAUUCAUCAAAGUUCUGCUAUAAAUAGCAGCAGAGUUGUCUAUGCCCAAGAUUUUGACACUUCAGUAACGUUGCUAAACAUUGCAAUCAUCCUCUACCAUAUCCAUGAGUAUUCACAGUCAUUAUCUGUUCUCGAAAAGCUGUACCAGAAUAUUGAGCCAAUUGAAGAGCAAAUAGCUCUUCGUGUGUGUCUUCUUUUACUGGACGUGGCAUUAGUUUGUGAAGAUGUUUCAAAAGCUGCAGGUGUCAUUCAGUAUCUGGAAAAAUCUUUUGGUAUUACUCAUGCGGUAGGACAAGUAGAUAGUGGUUGCAGCACCCAACAACAGUCUAACCAAGGGAUGAAAAUUGCAAUUACAAGCAGUGUCACUGCUCCAGAUGUCUCUACUACAGAUUCAAGUGGCAAUGGGAAUUCUUCUGAUAAUGCUUUGGGAAGAACUUUAACUGACGAGACACUAGAAUAUGAGACCUUAUAUUCAACAUUGGAUACUGUUAGUGAGAAAUUGGAGAGACCCAUUUCAAAUGAUAAUUUGAAGUUAUCGCCUGAUCAAGAAGCUUCUUCUAUUGACCUUAAGCUAAAUUUGCAUCUUUACAAGGUCCGACUAAUGCUACUUGCAAGGAACCUGAAGGCUGCAAAGCGUGAAAUCAAGCUUGCCAUGAACAUAGCACGUUUUGGAGAUUCAUCAACAGCACUUCUUUUGAAGUCUCAGUUGGAGUAUGCUCGUGGCAACCAUCGGAAAGCCAUAAAACUUUUGAUGACAACAUCCAAUAACAGGUCUGAUCAAGGAAUACUUUGUAUGUUCAACAACAAUAUGGGAUGCAUAUACCAACAGCUUGGCAAACAUCACAUUUCAACUUUGUUUUUCUCCAAGGCUUUGAAAUGUAGCACCUCUCUUCGAUCAGAGAAACCUCUGAAACUUUCCUCCUUGUCUCAAGAAAAGUCACUAUUUAUACUAUAUAAUUGUGGUUUGCAAUACCUACAUUGUGGAAAACCGGUGGUUGCAGCUCAAUGUUUUGAUAAAUCCAAGCCCAUAUUUUAUUCAAGACCCAUUAUAUGGCUUCGGUUUGCUGAAUGCUGCUUGUCAGCACUGGAGAAAGGUCUUCUAGGAAAAAGUGAUUUUUCAUCAUCAGAGGGUGACGUGGUUAAGGUUCAUGUAGUUGGAUCAGGCAAGUGGAGACACUUGGUGAUUGAUGAUUUGAGUUUGACAAACAGAUAUCACAAGUGCUUGGGAGAGGAUGCUGUAGUUAUUCCUGAUGGAAAACUUAGACUUUCAGUCCCUUUUGCUCGCCGAUGUUUACUCAAUGCUCUGUAUUUGUUGGAUUAUGCUGAAAAUUUACAGUCAAGUGCAUCUCUAUCGAGUAAAGAAGAGACCAACCAAUCAGCCUCUGCAAGUGCCAAGAGCUUGAGCCAGAAGAACACAGUGACAAGUGAUUCUAAGGCUUUUAAUGCAACAUCUGCUUCCAUGCCUUCUACUAAUGGUGAACUUAAAGAAACCAAGGGAGGUACGCUCUCAAGUAUGACAUUACAAAGUUCUAUUUCUUUGCAUGAGGAAAUGCGUAGAAAGGAAAACAACAUGAUAAGACAGGCUGUCCUGGCCAAUCUAGCAUAUCUAGAGUUGAGUUUAGGAAAUCCAGUGAGAGCACUAUCUGCAGCAAAAGAAAUUCUGCAAUUGCCAGACUGUUCCAAAAUGUACACAUUUCUGGGUCAUGUAUAUGCUGCAGAAGCACUUUGUUAUCUGGACCGAGUUGGAGAAGCACUUGAGCAUUUGUCCAUUUAUGUUUCAGAGACGAACGAUGUCCAAUUACCUUACAGUGAUGAAGACAUGGAGAAGUGGCGAAUAGAUAAGAGUGGGGAUGCAUAUGAGUUUGCUGGUACACAAAAUGCGAAAAGUAGUGAAGUCCAAGGCAUAAUCUUUCAGAAGCCUGAAGUGGCUCGCGGAGCACUGUAUGUAAAUCUUGCAGCAUUGUCUGCGAUACAGGGAAAUGCAGAACAAGCUGAUAUGUUUGUGAACAAAGCCCUGAGUGUGCUACCUGACAAUCCUAGAGCUGUGCUUGGUGGCAUCUAUGUCGACCUCCUACUGAGGAGAACACAAAAUGCUGUAGUUAAGUUGAGACAGUGUAGACAUGUCAGAUUCUUUCCUGCUCAUCUAACGAGCAGCUCGUGAUUGUACCAAUCCUUAGUUUGAUUUACAUUACCCUAAUCCUAAUGGAACUUUUGUUAGA